CUGUGGAUGCUGAGUGGAGCAUCUAGAAGCCCUACAAAAACCAUUUAUCAUUUGAUGAGGAAGAAAGUAAGAAUUGAUUGGAGCGGCAUGGAUGAUGGACCCAUUCAAAGUUUCAAACCCUCCUAAGCAAGGCUUUGUUUGGGUGCUAACCCCUUCCCCAAGUCAAAACAUCAUUUCAUUCCAUUCAUAUAGAAACUUCCAUUAAAUUUAUAUUUUUUGAACCUGUAUUUGACUAUAUAUUAUGGUUGGAUCUAUUAUUCCAACGCCUGCCCUUCAUAAAUCAUAAGUAGAUGUGACUCUUUCCCAUUCUAACCAUCACAAUCCGGUCCGAAACCUCUGUAACACGCAGCGAUAUCCAUUUUCAGAUGUUGAAUCCUUUAAUCUGUGGCACUUUCCAUCCAGAAGAUGAUGAUGACGAUGAAGCGUAUUGGAGCACCUCCUCAACAACCAGAAGAUCGAGAAGAGGCAGGGACAGCAAGAACCCGUAUUCGUCCCGCGGUCUCGACAAGUUUUCUGCACUCUUGGCCGAUCUUGAAGAGAAGAGGCAACAGAUAUACUCUCAGGUUGGCUCGCAGGACAUCUCUUUCGUCCGCUUCGCUUACUCCAAUUCAAAUGAUUGCGUGCCUAUUGUGGUGAAGUUGAGGGAUAAAAAGCUGGAGAAUAUCAAAGACAAUAAUGUAACGCAUCAUUCAACUCAGGUUGUGGAUGACAAGUUCCCCAUCGAGGCCGGCGCUGCUGCCAACGAAUUCAAGCAAUCUGGCCUGGAAACGGAUAUAAACACCAAGAAGAAGACUCCAUUCUCAUGGAAGAUUUGGGUGGGCAAUUGGAGGCAGCCUUCAUAUUACUUGCCGGCGAUUAUAAUCUUUAUAUUGUUUUUAUUGACGGUGUUCGGGCGAUCAGUUGCGAUACUGUGUACCUGUCUGGGGUGGUACCUGGUUCCGGCCAUAAAGGGAGGGAGCUCAUUAGAUACCAAAAAGCCAACAAAGAAGAAGGAAUACGUGAGAAGAAAGAGUGAUAAGAUGGUGGUGAGUGAUGGAUCAUCCUCUCCUAAAACGAAUAAAACCAGAGCAGUCAACGUCACGUCCCCUGGACAACACGGCCAUCGGAAAAGCUGGUGACCUGACUCCUCUUUUUCCCUUUUUUUUUUCUUUUUAUACGCCUUAGAUUUUUAGGUUUAGGAGUUGGAUUGGAUCGGGAAUUCAAUCUGACUUUCACACGUUCAAUUGUUGAUGAAUGUAAAUUAUGAGCGAUGUGGGUUGAGUUAGGAGGCAGAAGCAGCCCAUGUCAUGUUAAUUUUGAAUGACAUAGUGGUUUUGUAAAUGUAAUUUUGUUAAUAAUGAAAUUCCUUUCUUAUCUUUUUGUUUU